GGUUUGAAGCUCAAUUAUUCUUGAUUGUACCUUGUAAAAAACUACACUAGAUUUUCUUCAUGAUUUUGUACGAAUCGAUUAAAUAUCGAGUCAGGUGGUAUGUAGUGCAGUAAUCUUUCCUUUUCUAAGGUUUGUUUUCGACAGUAAAGCCAGAGAACACAUUUUUUUUCUUAUUAAACAUAGGAGCCUAUAAAUUAAUUAAAGCUAACAGAGCUUUCAUGAUCCCAAAUUUUAGAGGAAAAUGAGAAUAAAAUAUUAUUAGGCCAGCUUGCUUGUCAGUUUGUGACUUUCUAAUCCAUAAAUUUGUCUUUAAACUUCAUGACUUCAUGUGAUUGGUGAAUAAGAGCAUUUGUUCUUUUAGAUUUUCAUUUUUAUUAAAAAUUCUUACAUCAACUGCAAAUUCAGCUGUAGGUUCAACACUUGUACCUUCUAGUGUUAAUAAUCAGCUAGCAAGUUCGUUUAAGAUGAUGAGAAACAAGUUGAGCAAGUUGUUCAAUGCAAUAGGACUUUUCAAACAUCCCUCGACUUCACAAUCUCAUGGAUUUGCAUCGAAUGUGCGCAAUGAAAGGAGUAGCAUGGUGACACCUGAACCAUGUGAACAAAAGGCAAUAACACCAACUGCUGAACAAACAUAUGAAGAGUGGUUGAUUGAUCAUCCCUCGGCAUUAAACUCAUUUGAGGAACUGAUGAAUACAGCGAAGGGAAAGAAGAUCGUUAUGUUCUUAGACUAUGACGGGACACUCUCCCCUAUUGUUAAUGAUCCUGAGUUAGCCUUCAUGUCUGAUGCGAUGAGAGUAGCAUUACGUGAAGUUGCAGGGAUCUUUCCAACAGCAAUUAUCAGUGGAAGAAGCCGAGAUAAGGUACAUGGCUUUGUUAAGUUAGAUGAAGUAUAUUAUGCCGGGAGCCAUGGUAUGGAUAUCAUGGCUCCGCCAAGGAAGCACAAGGCCGGUGACUACAAUAAUUACCAGCCUCCGGUUGCUGUCGAAAAGGAUAACUCUGUAAUCUUUCAACCCGCUCAAGAAUUCUUGCCUGAAAUCGAAAAGAUAUAUGAUGAGCUCGAAAAGGCAACAAAGGAGCUAAAAGGGGUGACAGUUGAACACAAUAGAUUUUGUAUCUCUGUUCACUAUCGUAGAGCUGAAGAGAAGGUUCAUUCUGAUGUCAAAAAGGUUGUGAAGGAAGUUUUGAAAAAACAUGCUCGAUUUCAUGCUACUACUGGUAAAAUGGUUUGGGAGGUACGUCCAUCUAUAAAAUGGAAUAAGGGUAAUGCUCUAGAAUACUUACUCGACACUCUAGGUCUAGCUGAAUCGAGUGAUGUCCUUCCUAUCUACAUAGGAGAUGAUCGAACAGAUGAAGAUGCCUUCGAGGUGUUACAGAAAAGAGGACAAGGAUUUCCAAUUCUUGUGUCACAAAAUCCUAAGGAGACAAAGGCGUCGCAUUCCCUGCGUGAUCCUUCUGAAGUACUAACAUUCCUACUAAGAUUAGCAAAAUGGAGAAAAAAUUCGGGAUUAUAAAGUAAAGGAAGCAGUCGAAGCACUUGAGCUAGUGAGUUUUUUUAAUGACGGCCAAGUGAUUGUUUAUGGAAAUAUGUAGUUUGUAUAUAGUAUUAAAGGGAAUAAGUAAGUUAGAGAACUGGUGCAAGAUAGAGGACAGGGCUAUUAGUUAGUAAGUUUAGUUGUUUUGAUAUUUUGCUGACAAUUCGGCACUUUUUCGUAUCAUCAAACUAUGUUUUAUUGGCAUAGAAUGAACAAAGUUUUCUUGCACCAAGGCUUUUGAUCAGUAUGAUUAGAACUGAGGAAUUUGUCACUUGCUAUCUGGUAUAAUGAACACCUUGGUAGUUACUACAUUCUCUUACAAAAAAUACUUCAUAUCAGUUUCCAGUGGCGGAUCCAGGAUUUUCGAACUUAUGAGUCACCAUCAAUAAUUGAUCACUUGUUUCAAUCCAAAAAUUAUAUAAAAAAAAUUAUAUUUCACCAAAAUGAUUUCAAUCCAAAAAUAGGAUCUAAAAAUACAUACUAUAAAACUAUUACAUUAAACUAACUUUAUGAUUUUUCACU